AUGCAAAGAGAUGCUAUUCACCUUCGGCGCUUUUCCUCCGGACGUCUCGGGUAUGCCACGCGUCCCCUGUCAACAGAGCUUCCCCCUCCCAAGCGCAAUCUCUCCCCCGUCACUCAUUGUCCAGUUCGAGCGGGCAGUUUGGUCAUAGCUCCAGCGAUGAUCUCACCUCUGGGCAGCUUCUUUCGCUUCAGUCGGAAAGGAGGUCGGUUAACGACAGCGUUUGUGCAACGGCGGACACACAACGCUAAUCAAAGUCGCUCAACGCUUGCGACUUUGACCGGUCACACAAUCCCAUUAUUCUGGCACGGUUGUCUUACCAGACGUCGUCCGAACAGACUCUACCAACCGUUCUUGCCUUUUGGAACUGCACCCACCCGACGACCACUCUUCCCGCCAAGCUUGGCUUCCCGCCAUAACGUGCCCAAAUAUGAUCGAUCCCGCGGAUACGACGCGGCGGCGGCGAAAAGCGGUACGGGACACGACUCAAAAAUAUGGAGCAGAAUCUCUGCCAUCGGUCUAGAUCAUUGCGGGUCAUCCGUUGAGUACAUGAGUACCGUCUUUCUGGCCCAGCCGUGGUGCCUCUUCCGUUCCCCUGGGGAGCCUGGGAGGGGGUGGCCUGCGAUCGCCCGCUGUCAACAUCGUGAGGAACUCGCAAAAAACAGGUUUUAUCCCCUGCACCUGCUUCUGCCCGGUGGACACCUGAUGAGGCUGAAAUGUUUCAUCAUUGGACCUCGACCGCAUUGGCACUUCACUCUUACUGCAUUGUGA